GUGCUCUAGUUGGGUAACAGCCACCUCCCACUCCUUCCAGAAGCAUGGCUCACCAGAAGGCCAGCCCCAGGAUCCCAUAUAAAACCUGUGCCUGCUGCCGCCUCCUCACCCACUUUGCUCCUGAGGAACGCAUCUGUGGCUGUUGUCCGAGGCCAGGGUUGAGUCACCACAAGAUGUCCUGUCAGCAGAACCAGCAGCAGUGCCAGCCCCCUCCCAAGUGUCCUACUCCGAAGUGUCCCCCUAAGUGUCCUCCCAAGUCUCCUGCCCCGUGCCCACCUCCAGUGUCUUCUUGCUGCGGCUCCAGCUCCGGGGGCUGCGGCAGCUCUGGGGGCGGCGGCUGCUGCCUGAGCCACCACAGGCCCCGCCGGUCUCCUCGACGCCGACACCAGAGCUCUGGCGGCUGUACCUGUGGCAGCAACUGUACCUGUGGGAGUGGCUGUAGCUGUGGCUGUGGCAGCAGCAGUGGCAGUGGUUGCUGUGUCAGUGGCAGUGGCGGCGGCAGUGGUCAGCAGUCUGGGGGCUCCGGCUGCUGCUAACCUGGGCACCCAGGAGUAGCUCUGGAGGAACGGAAGGGCAAAGACCCACAGCACCUGGUGUUUUGCCCGCUUCUCCCUCUCAUCUCUCUCCUGAUUCCAUCCUUUGAACAAAAAUGCAAAGCUUGUUUCCUGGGGACAGUAUCAAUGGAACACUUUAGAUCUGCCUUCUUUUGCACUCCUAUCAAUGUUUUUCCCCAGACUGUUGAAAAAUCUUGUGAAGCAUGUGAUUAGCAACAAUAAAUUUACUUAUAAAUCA